CUCAUCGCCCACCCCUUGACUCGUUGUGUUGCCAUUUUGAAAUUCACGUCGACAUGACCAAGUUCCUCGCCCUCGCUACCCUCUCCGCGUUUGCCGCCGCCCGAACCGAAAUCUUCGGCGGCACCGAAGUCCCCAAGGGCCAGUCCAUGUACGUGGCGAGUCUCCGUGAGACCGAGUCCAGUUCAACCUUGUGCGGAGCGACCUUGAUUGCCCCCAAGGUACUUCUCACCUCCGCUUCCUGCACCCGGUUCUCGCCUAACUACGCGUCGAUCGGAUCGCACUUUUCGAGCGGUAACCAGGACGGCGAACGCAUCAAGAUCAUCAAGACAACUGUGCACCCGAAGUACGAAGUAUUACCGUUCGACUACAACAUUGCCAUUCUUGAAUUGGAAUCCGCAUCCAAAUUCGCUCCCGUCGCCGUCAAUUUGCAAGAAGACGCUGCGACUGAUCCUGGCGCCGUGUCGUGGUUGCGUGGCUUCGGCAAAACUACGUUUUUCGCGGAGGACAACUCCCCCGUCCUCUUGCAAGCCAAACUCAACAUCACGUCCAACGACGAGUGCAAUGAGGCGUUUGGACGUAACUUCGAAAUCCUCGACUCCAUCGUGUGUACCACUAGCGCCGACAAGGGCCCGUGCAUCGGCGACAUUGGCGGACCGUUGAUCAUCGUCCGCGACGGUGUCGAGUACAUUGCCGGUGUGUUGAACACGAACAGUGCUUGCGCGGACACUGAGCACCCUAGUGCGUACUCGCGCGUGUCGGCCACCCGCGAGUUCAUCGAACCAUUCUUACCUGACACACCGCCAAAUCCCAAGCCUGCGUGCUAAGUAGUCGAUGUUGUAUAACGCAGUUGUACUUGUCCAUACGGACCUGCAUUCCC